AUGAAGUUCGGCCGCACUCUUCCUACUGUUCAGGUCCCCGAAUGGUCAUCUUCAUACAUUAACUAUAAGGGCUUGAAGAAACUUAUCAAAGCUGCUGCGAAUACUGCAAAGGAUGGAAAGGACAUUGAUCUAGCAGAAUUCUUCUUUUCUCUCGAUCGAAACUUGGAAGAUGUCGAUGCGUUUUACAACAAGAAAUUUAAUGACUCUUCCCGCCGACUUAAUCUCCUCCAGCAACGAUAUAGCGAUGGGGCAAUCUAUACUACACAAGGACUGGAUCGCAAUGAAGUUGAGGAGUUAAUGGGGGCUCUUCUUGAGCUUAGAUCCCAAUUGAGAAAGUUACAAUGGUUUGGUGAGGUAAACCGUAAAGGUUUCCUCAAGAUCACAAAGAAAUUGGAUAAGAAAGUCCCCAAUGUUUGUACCCAAGCAAGGUACAUGGCUUCGAAGGUCGAUUUAAAACCUUUUGCAGCAAAUACUGCCCUUUCAAAAGCUAUGAAAACGACAAAUGACUGGAUUGCAGUCUUGGGAGAGAAGAAUGUCAGCGAUGACGAAUUGUCGGUUCAGUCAGCACAUUCAAUCAGGAGAGUGUCAUCGAGAACGAUUCUCCAUCUACCCAGUGGAUUGGUCGAUACAGUCGACCAAGCAAUCAGGAAUGAUGAUGUUCCAACCUUGAAGGAAGCCAUUGCGGAGGCAGGCUUUGACGCCAGUGAUCAACCGAUGCAAAAGCUCUUUUUGAACUUGUUGCAAAGAUCCAUAUCUUGCAAAUCCAAGAAAUCAAUUAUUUACUUUUUGAAGAUGAUAAAUUGUCUGGAUGUACCAGAUGACAUCAACGAACGAAAUUGUAUUCAUCGUCUCGUUAUAUCCAUCAGCCGUUCAAAAGCCGCCGCUAAGUCACAGGAGAAGGAACCAGAGAGUGUCUCUUUCAAGGAUGCAGAUCGCGUCAAAUUCAUCACACCAGCCCUCUCACCAGAUCCAGGACCAAAAUCAAAGAAACUCCAAGAAUCAUCACUUCUGGGUUUAGAAGACGAGUCCGUCAAUCUUUUGUCUUUUGUGUUGAAUCACUUGGAAAUACACCACAGAUCAGCAUUGAAUGGCAGAGACUCUUAUGGUCGUCUUCCGUUACACUAUGCUGCGGAAUUCGGUUUUGUUGUCAUUUGUCAAUUGGUUAUGAAAUUCAUGCAGAAUUGGGGCCAAUUCAAUGUUGAACAUGGAAUUGAUGCAUCAGAAUGGCAAGAUGCCGAGGGUUUAGCACCCCUUCAUCUUAGCGUGAUUGGCGGGCAUGCUUUGACAACGAAAGCUCUUCUUGAUGGUGAAAAUUGGGAGGGCACCAAUGACCAAAAAGCUGCCAUGAGAAGAGAUAUUGCCAAAUCAAGUGCGGUUCUUGCUUUGGCUACAAAGUCUAACUUCACGGUAAUAGUUAGACUACUUGUAGAUGCCGGAGUCGAUAUCAACUGGAAGGAUGCGAGGUCAAAUGACGAGACUGCGUUGCAUAUCGCAGCACGAACUGGUCAUGAGGAGUGUGCAGAUAUUCUUCUCCAAGGAACGUUAGAUCAAAAAGCCGAUUUUGAACUAACUGAGAAGGUAUACUCUUGGACGCCAUUACAUGUUGCUUGUGUUGACGGUCACCUUGAUGUUGUGGAGCUAUUGAUAUCAGCUGGCGCAGAUCUCUUGAAAGCUGAUGCUGGAGGUUGGACAGCUCGGGAGCAUGCAGCUUUGAGGGGCCAUAUGGAUAUUGCAGAGAGAUUGGCAGAGGCUGAAUUGGAAAAAGGUACUUCUGGAAGUGAAUUGUCUACUAGCAGUGGUCCUUCAUCUCCAUCCAAUGUUUCUUCAAUCGAAGCAUUCCGAUCACAGAGCACAAAUCCUCCUCGAGCCAUUGAGCCUGUCAAGACUUUCGGUCAUCGAUAUCUAACAGACGAAAGUAUGGUCCUGGUCAGCAUGGGCUCAAUGGAUAUGAGGAAGAACAUCCCAGCAGUCAAACUGGAGAAUAUCCCUAUUUCGGAAGCUCAUUCGACUCAGCUCGACACUGCUCUAUCACUUGUGGUCUCUGCCAAAGGGGCCACAGGUGAGCCUACGAUCAUUGAUCUACCUAUCCAAGAUAAUAUUUCCACUGAUCCUAUCGUAUUCACAACUCUCGAUGCUUCCAAAGUUAAGUUGUACUUCGAUAUCGUACCAACAUAUGCUGGUAGCGAGAAACACAAGAUUGGACGAGGAAUGGCAAUGUUGUCUAGUAUUAGACCCACGAUCGGAUUGAAACGAAUGAACCUUCAGGGAGAUGUCACUGUACCAAUCGUCUCUAAAGAUACCUUGGAGGAUAUUGGAACUGUGAACUUCAACUUCCUUGUUAUUACGCCAUUCUCGCAUCCGGAAAUGGGAGUCACUGCGCAACAAACGUAUUGGAAAGAGUUGUCUUCAACAAUGGUUAUUGGGCAUCGAGGUCUUGGCAAGAAUACUUCUGCAAACAAAUCACUUCAACUCGGUGAAAACACUUUACAGUCGUUCAUCGCAGCUGCUAAUCUUGGAGCUAAUUAUGUUGAAUUUGAUGUUCAACUUACCAAAGAUCACGUUCCUGUCAUCUACCAUGACUUCCUCGUUUCUGAAACUGGAAUUGAUGCACCAGUUCACACUCUCACAUUGGAGCAAUUUCUCCAUGUCAACGAAACGACAUCUCGGUCCACUCGCCCUCCAUCCCCCCCAAAGGACAGACCACGCAUUCAAUCUAUCAAAAGAGGUAUGGAUCGUCAACGAUCACUGUCCUUAGGCCAAGGAAUGUUCGAAAACGAUAUGGCAGAAAGAAUGAAACAUACCCGCGACUUUAAACAAAAUGGCUACAAAGGCAACACCCGUGGAAAUUUUAUUCAAGCCCCUUUCACCACUCUCGAAGAAAUGUUCCGCGAACUUCCCCAAAAUGUCGGUUUCAAUGUCGAAAUGAAGUAUCCUAUGCUUCACGAAACAGAGGAACAUGAAAUGGACACUUAUGCUGUAGAACUUAAUAGUUUCUGCGAUACGGUCCUCACGAAAGUUUAUGACAUGAAGCAAAAACGCAAGGUUAUCUUCAGUUCGUUUAACCCGGAUAUUUGUCUAUUGUUAUCGUUUAAACAACCAAGUAUACCAAUUUUGUUCCUAACAGACGCGGGUACGAGCCCGGUGGGUGAUAUCAGGGCUAGUAGUUUACAAGAGGCAAUUCGAUUUGCUAGUCGCUGGAAUUUAUUGGGAGUUGUUAGUGCGGCGGAACCAUUGUGUAAUAGUCCCAGGUUGGUUAAGGUGGUUAAGGAUAGUGGGUUGGUUUGUGUUAGUUAUGGGGUAUUGAAUAAUGAUCCGAUCAAGGUUCAGGAACAAGUAAAUGAAGGCAUCGACGCAGUAAUCGUAGAUAGUGUAUUGAAGAUUCGAAAUGGUCUCACGAAGAAUGCUAAGGGCUCGGGAGCAGCAACACCUACACCUGCUUGGGCAGAGGGUUUGCUUGGGGGUGUUAAGGGUUUAGAUGUUAAGGAAUGA